CUUCUGCAUCUUGCUUUGUCUGCAGCCACAGUGAGGGGACACUAGCACAGCAUGGAGCUGUUAUCUGCCCUCAGCCUAGAUGACCUGGCUGUCGCAUUCUCCAAAUUGCCUGUUUUCCCUCUGUUUGAUGUGGCAUAUUAUAUCAUCUCCAUUUUGUACCUGAAGUAUGAACCAGGCGCAGUGGAUCUUUCCAAACGCAGCCCAGUUGCCUCCUGGCUCUGUGCAAUGCUCUACUGCUUUGGAAGCUACAUUCUUGCAGAUGUACUCUUAGGAGAGUCUCCCAUUCACUACUUCAGCAAUAAUGCCAACAUCCUUUUGGCCUCAGCUGUAUGGUACUUGACUUUCUUCUGCCCCUUAAAUAUUUUCUACAAGAUUGUUAGCUUCUUGCCUUUGAAGCUUGUCCUCGUUGGAAUGAAGGAGGUGGUUCGCGUUCGCAAAAUUGCCAUGGGAAUCCAUCAUGCCCACCAUCACUACCAUCAUGGCUGGGUGAUCAUGGUACUGAUUGGAUGGGUAAAAGGCUCUGGAGUGGCCUUGAUGUCUAACCUAGAGCAGCUCUUGCGUGGAGUCUGGAAGCCAGAGACAAAUGAGAUUCUCCAUAUGUCUUUUCCAACUAAGGCCAGUCUGUAUGGAGCUAUCUUGUUUACAUUACAGCAGGCUCAUUGGCUUCCCAUCUCCAAAGCCUACCUUAUCUUUUUCUUCACCCUCUUCAUGGCAAUUUGCAAGAUCUACAUGACAGCAACUCACUCUCAUGGCUCCCCAUUUGCUAUAUUUGAAUCCGGUAUCUGUUGUGUACUUUUUGGUGCUGCCAAUGGUGACCAUGAUGACCAUGGUGACCAUCAUCACCACCAUGAUGACCAUGAUGUGUCCCAUUCAACUGUAAAAUCCAAAGAGGAACUUAAUGAGGGAACACGCAAGAGGAAAACAAAGAAAGCUGAGUAAAAGUGGGAGAAGACUUCACAGCUCUGUUUAAAGAUUUCUUUGAAUUAACAUACCAGUCUGCUUACAUUGGGGUUCCUCACACCUAAUCAAUAAUAUUUACCACAUUGCAGUCAAUGUGCAUGGUUUCUUAGAGGACAUUCACAAGCUGCUUUCACAUCUCAUGAUGGUUAAAUACUGGUUUUUUAAGCCAUUUUAUUGCAGGAUCACAUUGGUUUCAAAUGUGGUCAUUCAAUGUAGACCAUCAAGAUUCUUAGUGAUCACAGGACUGGAACUGGCAUGGUUAUAAAAGAAUUCUGCCUCUUAGGUAUUAAGACUAGCCUGCCUACUGUAUAGUGAUGGUAAUAUCAGGUAUGAGCAAUAUGAGGGCCUCACGAUGUUUGAUUACAACUCCCAGCAUCCCAAAUAUACACUGUUUGUGGAUGCUGACAGUUUUAAUUGAAUAACAUCUGGAAUAUGUGACUUAAACCUGCUUUAUAUUGAUCAAAACAAUUAGAGUAUGUAACAAUUAAAUAUAAAAAUAUUUUACAAUUUGACAAUUAUUUUGUAAACUGAUCAUUUAAAAAUGAACACAGAAUAAAACCACUAUAUAUUUAACACAACAUAUUUUUUUAAAACCAGAACCCUCUGAAAAAGGUAUUUUUAAAAUAUUCUGUUAAAAAUGUAUGUUCAUAAAUAAAAAUAUUAACAAGU